AUGCUUUUCUUCUCAUGCUACUUGUUAACCCCCGCGCAACCUCCGCGGCGCCUGCGGUGCACGUACAUUGGUUUCACUGUAUCCCCAACACGUCGCAUACGGCAACAUAAUGGAGAGCUUGUCAAUGGAGCUAAGAGAACGCGAAAAUUUCGACCUUGGGAGAUGGUUGCUGUCGUCCACGGAUUUCCAAGCAAAUUUCGUGCCCUUCAAUUCGAGUGGAUUUGGCAGCAUCCUCACGCUAGUAAAAUUUUGAAGCCACACGCCGAAUCACUUCAAAAAUUUGGAACCUCUCACUCUCUCAAGAGAAAGAUUGUAGAGAUGCUGGAGCUAGUAAAUCUUAAGCCGUUUCGGGGUCUGCCUCUCAUUGUGACUUUUACAAAUGAAGAGAUCCAUAAUAUUGCUCGAAAAUUUGGGAGGAGAUAUCUAGCUGUGCAUUGUGAGACGAAAGCACUGAAGACUUUUGCAGGUGUGGAGAAAGUGAAGAUCAAUUUUCAUUGCUUUAUUUGUGACAAUGAGCUGAAGACUGAGAUGAAAAGUGACGACAUACUAAAUUGUUAUCAUAAAGAUUGCGAAAUGUAUUGCCAUAAGUCAUGUUUAAAAGACCAUUUUCGGUUGACGAGGAGAGAUAAUCAUGACGAUGAUAGUAAAGGAGAGUGUCCAUUAUGUCAGAACCCUUUAAAAGUUGCUUUGACGCAAGGAAUCGGACGGGAGCAGAAUAAGAAGCAAGUAAGUAGUGAUCAAGGACGACGAAUUAAGAGAAACACCCGAGUCAUGGAUAGUCACGUAAACGACUUAGAAACAAGUGAGAGGCACAAAUUCACGGAGAGAAGGAAUCAAGAUAAUGAUGAUGAAGGUGAAUCCUUUGAAUUAUCAAGUAAUUUAUUUACUGAUUGUGAAUUUAAUGGUUGGUUUGAUGGUCGUCGUGAUAUAAAAACUGACAUUAACUGUCAGAAUCGCACAAGUUUAGUAGAGAUAAUCGAUCUCACGUAA